CGCCGGUGUCGCGGACGUGUGGGCGCAGCCAGUUGGGUACCCGGCGCGCUCCCGCGCCCACAGCACCGCGCCGUCGUCCCCGCCCGCCCGCGCGCCCAGCGCCCACAUGGACUCCACCACGCCGCCAGCGCUCUCCGCAGUCCACGGGGCGAGCUGAGGAGCGGUCCACUUCCGCAAAAUGCCACCAGAUGCACCCCCGAUGUCUGCGGGCCGCCGCGGCGCCUCCUCGGCGGCGUGCCUCCUCGUCGUGCACGCGCUCGCGCUGAUAUCGCUGGUCCCCGGGGGGCUCGCCGUCUACCUGCUCGGCACCGGCAUCGCCGAUGUGACGGGGCCGGCCGCCGAGGUCCCUUUCAUGGGCUACGCCAGCCCCUCCCAGAAGGGCCAGGGCAUCCACACCCGCCAGUUCUCCCGGGCCUUCAUCUUCCAGGACGCCGCCGGCGAGCGGCUCGCCUUCGUCUGCGUCGACGUCGGCAUGAUCGGCUCGGGCGUGCGCAAGGAGGUACUGAAGCGCCUGGCGCCCCUCGGCGGCUACACCGACAACACCCUCAUGCUGUCCGGGACCCACACGCACUCGGCCCCCGGAGGCUUCCUCAUGCACCUCCUCUUCGACAUCACCACCAUGGGCUUCGUCAAGGAGUCCUUCGACGGGCUCGUCGAGGGCAUCACGCUGGGACCCUUCGUGGCGGCCUUCGCGUCCAGCAACCUGGGCGACGUGUCCCCCAACACGCGCGGCCCGCGCUGCCAGUACUCGGGCCGGGACUGCGAGAUGGGCUCCAGCACGUGCCCGGGCGGCGAGGUCUGCAUCGCGGCCGGCCCCGGCCAGGACAUGUUCGAGUCCACCAGGAUCAUCGCGGACCGGCUGAGCAGCAAGGCCUGGGAGCUGUGGACGAUGCCGAGGGCCCGCGAGCUCAAGGGUCCGCUCUUCGCCGUGCACCAGUACACCGAGAUGCCCGGGCAGGAGGCCGACUUCUUCGACGUGCGGAGCAACUCGAUGAGCAAGGUGCGCGCCUGCCUGCCCGCCAUGGGCUACAGCUUCGCGGCGGGCACGACGGACGGCGCGGGCGCCUUCCAGUUCCAACAGGGGACGCGCUCCACCAACCCGCUGUGGAACUCGCUGCGUAACUUCAUCAUGGAGCCCAGCAAGGGGCAGGUGGCCUGUCACGGCGCCAAGCCCAUCCUGCUCACCACCGGCGAGAUGAACUUCCCCUUCCAGUGGCAGCCCACCAUCGUGUCGCACCAGCUGGCCGCCAUCGGCGACCUGGCGCUGGCGUGCGUGCCCGGCGAGUUCACGACCAUGGCCGGGCGCCGGCUGCGGGCCACGGUGCACGAGGCGCUGCAGGGCGGCGCGCAGGCCACCCGCGGUCCCGAGGACGUGGUCAUCGUCGGGCUCUGCAACACCUACUCGGACUACAUCACCACGCCCGAGGAGUACGAGGUGCAGCGCUACGAGGGCGCCUCCACCAUCUACGGCCCGCACACCCUCACCGUGCACCUCAAGAUCUACCGGAGCCUGGCGGCGAGCGUGCUGGGCCGCGCGCUCCCGGACCCGGGCCCCACGCCGCCCGAGAUGAUGAACGACCUCAUCAGCCUGCUGCCACCCGUGCUCUUCGACUCGGCCAUGUGGGAGAAGAGCUUCGGCGAGGUGCUCGAGCAGCCCGAGGACGCCUACGGCCCCGGCGACAUCGUGCACGUGUCGUUCGUGUCGGGGCACCUCCGGAACAACCCGCGCCGCGAGGACACCUUCCUGACGGUGGAGAGGAGGGAGCGAGAGGGUUGGAAGGUCGUCGCCACCGACGCCAACUGGGAGACCAAGCUCAUCUGGAACCGCGUCUCCGCGAUCCUGGGCACCUCGCGCGUGAUCGUCCAGUGGACCGUCCCCAUGGACGCGCCCGAGGGCGACUACCGCAUCUCCCACUUCGGCCACUACAAGAAGCUCUUCUCCGACAUCGUGCCGUACCACGGGACUUCCAGGGAGUUUAAGGUUACAAAUGAUUUGGACACCGGGGCAGCAGACGAGUUGUUUGGAAAAUGAGUUGCUUAGUAACAAUAAAGGAAACGUCACUGAAAAAAUAAAAAGUUUUUUAUUGAAAAAAAUAAAAUAAUACAAAUACCUCA